GGCACCCCUGGAGCAGAUAGGGUCAAGGGCCUUGCUCAAGGGCCCAACAGUGGCAUCUUGGCAGUGCUGGGGCUUGUGGACCUUCUGGUGCUUAUCCUCACUAUGCGAGCAGCCUUACGUUUCUGUUGCUGUGCGGGAAUGAUCUACCUGGGCUACACCUUCUGUGGAUGGAUCGUUCUGGGACCCUACCAUGAGAAGUUUGAAGGUUUGUGUCAUGUGGCAAAAUGCCUCUCCUCACUAGUCAACGGGGACGACGUGCUCUUGACGUUUGCGGAGUUUGAGCAAAAGAACACAAUAGUGUGGCUGUUCAGCAGAAGGUACAUCUACUCAUUCAUCUCUCCCUUCAUCUACAUGGUGCUCAGUCUCUUCAUCGCCCUCAUCACAGAUGCUUAUGAGACCAUCAAGGGUUACCAAAAGACAGGCUUCCCCAUGACUGAGCUCCAGCAGUUCCUGAUGGAGCCAAAGGAGGGUUUACCCCUUCAGGUGCGGGAGGUGGCCGGCAUGGAGAGUGGCAAAACCGAGAUCAUUUACCCCACUGUAAUGCUGUGUUGCUGUGAAAGAUUCUCUCAUCAUCCCUGUGGUCUCGGGGUAUCCUGUAAUUUACAGUCCAGAGUGUGCAUGCUGUUUAACAACAGCCGCUUAGAUGAGCGUGACUAAAACAUGGUGAUUCUGUCAACGGCAGUUAACUAAACAUUGUGCGAGAAGCUGCAGCGUUGCAAUGGCUACCCUUGUCAAUCAUCGCAAUUGUGGGAGUCAGUCCUGUAAUCCAUACACACAUGGAACGAUGAUUUAGGGGAUUCACUCCCGCAUUUAAAUGUGGUUGUCACUCCCGAGACUUCGUAGUAUAGUUCCCAAAGAUGACACUGUCAUUCUAAUCGGCUGACCACCAAUUACACAUUCAGUGUUCAAUCUACUGCGAACCGUAAUGCAAAACUCAUUGCAGUUUGACCAAAGGAGAGAUUGUGGGACUUUGAGCAUGUUUACUGCUCCAUGUACAUGGUUCAUCUUCAACACAGAAAUAUGAGCUUAAUGAAUAUGCCAAAAGAUUACGCUCAGUAUCAUCUGAGUGUGAAAUGGCAGAGCUUGUAUAUCUGGCAAAGUGCACUACAAUGCAGUUAGGGCCAAAAAAAGAGAAGUGUUUGUGUGUUAAAUUUCAAGCACAUGAAAUUAUAAUGCACCUUAAUGUGCAGUCUGUAAAAUUAUCCCUGUUAAAUGUUGUAAACUGGAGGAAAUAUAUUUUAUUAUUAUAUUUAUUUGUCAGUCAUCAGGGAUUGUCUCUCUUGAGAACAUGUUUUACAUUAGAGAAGGGGUGGUAAUUUUUUUGUGAGCUCAUUAUGCCUAUUCAUUCCACCAUCUAGCAAUAAACAGGAAAAGGCAGACAAGUUCAUACGUGACUUUUUUGUAAGCAAUUGCUCAUUUGGAGAAAACCCUUGGGUGAGUGAAUGAACAAUAAAAAAUUUUUAUUUGUAUUUGUAACUAAAAGAGGCCCUUUUUGUAUUUUUUCCUCUUUUUUUUUUUUUUUUUUUUUUUUUUUAAGAAAUAGGACGUUGUUUGCUAAGGUGGCAUUUGUAAUCAAAUUAAUAUUAGAUAUCAUAUUACCAGUGUGUACUGAAUCAGUGAAUAUCUAAUGUAUUAUUAAAGUGCUAUCUAGAAACCUGGUAAUAUUUUUUGCUUUAUUAAAAACAGUCAGGUUUGCAGAAGGUACUUUCUUAACCAUCUAAAAAAAAAAAGUACCUAAUUCAGAAGAAGAUGGUUUAUGACCAUGGCUUCACUUCUUCUUUCUAUAAGAAGUGAAAUCGCAUCCAGGCACAAUCACGAACCAGGCACAAGUUCUGUAAUUUACCUUGUUCAUUAAAUCAUUCAUUUGUUGUACUUAACAUCUUUUAUGAGGGAAUGAAAUUUUUUUAUGGCAGAAUAAAAAGGCACAUUUGAUAUUCUUUUCUCCCAAAACACUACAGAGCAACAACAAACUACCACAGUACUUUCCUUAAAGGGAUAGUUUACCCCAAAAUUAAAAUCCUCUGAUCAUUUUCUCACCCUCAUGCCAUCUGAGAUGUGACUUUUUCUCUUCAGCAGAACACAAAUGAGGAUUUGUGGAAGAAUAUUUCAGCUCUGUAGGUCCAUAGAAUGUAAGUAAAUGAUGGCCAGAACUCUGAAGGUCCAAAUAUCACAAAGACAGCAUAAAAGUAAUCCAUAUGACUCCAGUGUUUUAAUCAAUGUCUUUUGAAGCCUUCCAAGAAAGUAAGCC